UCCUUCUCCUUUGCUUUCUUCUCUAUCUCAUCUCUUGUCGUCCUUAUCCGUAUGUAUCCACCUACGCACAGAUUAAAUUAAAAAUCCCCACCCCGACAUUCUCCCUCCCUUCUUAUAUUGUUAUAACCUCAGCACUGCAGCCUGGCAUGGUAGCCUUGCUCCUAGGGUAAGGUAAGGUUAGGUUAGGUAUUCCCCUCCCCUCCCCUCCCCUCCAAUCCAACAAAAAUACGGCUCUGCUAUUCUCAGGUAUGGCUGGAAAAUUCAAGAAAUGCCUGACGAUGUGCUGCACCAGGAAGCCUACGGUGGAGCAAAUGGGGAAGGACUCAUGCGAGGAAGCCAUUGCUAGGCUCCAGAAACUUCUAAGUGAGAAAGGAGAGCUGAAGGCGGUUGCCGCCGCAAAGGUGAAGCAGCUGACUGAGGAAUUGGCGGGGACGGCUGAGAAGGGGGCAGGCAUUGAGCGUGACCCGGUUGAGAGGAUCCGAUCCGGCUUUGACCACUUCAAAAAGGAGAAAUACCUGAAGGAUCCAGAUUUGUAUUCAAAGCUGGCCAAAGGUCAAAGUCCAAAGUACUUGGUAUUUGCGUGUUCGGAUUCUCGAGUAUGCCCUUCCCACAUCCUGAAUUUCCAACCAGGGGAGGCCUUUAUGGUCCGAAAUAUUGCCAACAUGGUUCCCCCUUUCGACAAGACAAAAUAUUCGGGAGUGGGGGCUGCCAUUGAAUAUGCAGUUUUGCAUUUGAAGGUCGAAAAUAUACUGGUUAUCGGACAUAGUUGCUGUGGAGGCAUAAAGGGACUCAUGUCCAUUCCUGAUGAUGGCUCCACUCAAAGUGAAUUCAUACAAGAUUGGGUCACCAUAUGCAAGGCUGCUAAGGCCAAAAUCCAAACAGAAUGCAAGCAUUUGGAUGUCAAUGAGCAGUGCACCCUUCUAGAAAAGGAAGCUGUGAACGUAUCACUAGGGAACUUGCUAACUUACCCAUUUGUGAGGGAAGCUGUGGCACUGAAGAAAACACUAGCCUUAAGGGGAGGACACUAUGAUUUUGUGAAGGGCUCAUUUGAGCAUUGGGAUCUUGAUUCGAAGACGCCAUCUCCCCUUCUGUCACUAUGAGCUGAUCGAUGGGCUAUUUUGUGCUUUCAGGUAUCCACCAUAUCACCAAGCAAGAAGAUUGACUGAUCGAUUAUUUGUGCUGCUGCUGGUACAGCUAGCUGCACCUAAACUAAAAAUCAUGUCUGAUUUAUAAAUCUGUAAAUUUAUUGCAGUUGUAUAAGUAGAUCACACUACUGUCUUUUCCUGCUCUGCAUUGCUCUUUACUUACA